CGCAAAAACCAUCAUGAUGUCUUUGAAGCUGCUUUGAGCUGCAUGGUUUCCGAUUCACAAGCUUUUAAUGAGUAAGUAGGUUCGUCAAGCUCACAGUAGUCAUGGAAUAAGAAAAGCGCUGAUUACAUCUAAAGAAAACGAAGAUGUCGUGAAAGGCUCUUGAGCUGUGUGGGCUUUUCGACGUGGCCCGAUCGCAGCUACGCUACGACACACCUACGUCGGGACACAAGAAGAAGCUUGUAGUAGUAAGUACUACGAAGUAAACGACUGAAGACCUAGGAUACGACUCUCCUCGUCUUCCUUUUCCUGCUCCUCGUUCUGAAGCUAAACAAAACUAUAAAGCGAGUACCAAGACAUCCCGACGAUAAAAAACUACCAAAAUCACAUCAUCAUACACAAUACUAGCAAACGAACAGAAGUGUUUGAUACAGAAAAGUACCACUUCACAGCAAAAUCAUGGCCAACACAAUCGAGAAUAUUCUCGCUGCGCUAUCGCGCACCCACGCGGCGGUCUGUGACCCUGCCGAACGUCGCCAAGCACAAGAAUUUUUGAUUCAAUUAGAGCGCCUACCUGACGUACACGAACUAGCUUUUAGAUUGCUUAAGGAAGUGCAAGGUGGUGACCGGCGUAUGCUCUAUGGCCCGGAGGUUUCGCAUUUUGCUUUCCAAUUGUUACAAAAAGCGAUUAAAGCUCAAUACGCGACGAAAUGGCAAGCGGGGGAGAGAGAAGUAGUGAAAAAGUUGUUGAUUGUGGAUUUGUUGACAACGACGGGAGCUGGUGGCCAAGAUCAAAUAAACAGAGGUGUAUCAUCCUCCUCAAUCACGCUCUCCGCAGCAGCUGCCAACCCAGUCCCCUGGCUGUUUCGCUUGCCCAAGUUCGUCCGCGCCAAGUGGGCAGCUUGUGUCGUCGAAUGCGCCAAACACGACUGGCCAGGCCAGUGGCCAGAGUUACUUCCGAUACUGGGCAAUUUGAGGGACGAGCCGGACAUUGCGGUUUUGGUGGUGAGGCUUUUGGCAGACACCGUGGCGGAUCAAUUGCCGUCUAAGGACUUGGCGAUAAAGAGGAAGAAGGAGAUCGUCCAGGCACUGGUGCAGAGGACAGCAGACUUGUUCGGCUUGAUAGAAAAUGCCAAAGUCUCAGACGUCGAGAAGAUUUUUUUCAUUAGAGCGUUCACGAGCAUUUUCGGCCUGUCUCUACUUCUCCAACGACGUGUCGACGAAGCCUUGAUGCAAUUGCUGCAGUCGCGAGAAGACUUGCGAGAAGAAGUCCUGCUCACUUUCGCGGAAUGGUCUGUGACACCUCUCUUCAGGCACAAAGUGCAGAAAAUCCAGCAGCAAAAUUUGAAGAACGAAGUCUCACGCGACGACGUUGCGAGGUUGUGUAGGAAUUUGACGCGUUUGUGCGAACACAGUCUGCAGAAGGCAACCUGGGAAAGCUGGGCGCAGAGCGAUUGCCUAUUCUCGGAAGACGACGUGAUGGCACAACACCGGCAAAUCGUGUCUAUUCUCAAAGACUUUGUCAUGACCAAUGCCGAAAGCCUGCACAGAGAAUUCGUAAACUCUUCUACUCCUCCAGCAACAUCAACUCCAGGAAAUGGGAACAAUAGUACAACUAUGUUGAAUCCAGCUGCGGACUUGUGGCAAGCUUUGUUAGUACAUUGUGGGCGUUAUCCGAGCUACUUCAUCGGAUCAGAAGCUUUUUUAGCUCUGAAAACUUUGCUGAAGCCGUGGAAGGGCAUCGAGAACAUGAACUUCUUGAACUUGGAGCAAUUUGUGGAGGUGUGUCUGUUGAGGAUGUGGAAGCCUAGUGUGGCCAGUAUAACAACAACAGCUUCUUCAUCUGAUCCCAGCAAGUCUUCAAGAACCUUCUACCUGACCCACCCAAUCAUUCGUCAAUGCCUGCAAGAACGAGUGGCAGGCGACUCCCAAAAGUGGAUUGCGGUCUUGCAGAAGACGAAAGCCGUCGAGCAGGAAGUCCUGGAUUACUCGACGAACAGUGAGAUCGGACUAAUCAAAAACUGCGUCAACGGGGUCUUGCAGACAUUGGCUGAAGUAGGUGGCGAGUCGUUUUUUGUGCCCUUGGUAGGGAAAGUGCGGGAAGUGAUCAGGCUGCUCUUGACGGACCAAUCAGAAUCGACGGCAACGAAGGUAUUUAUAACUUAAAUAACUGUUCGACGUAUGCGCUGUGUUCGCACGUGCUGUAAGCUAGAAGCGCUUCAUCUUUUGCGAGUGUGUCACAUGAAACCUUGUUGUAGCAAAUAAAUUUAGGACCACACUUUGAACGAUCGGCUGGAAUAUCAAUUUCAAUACUGCUUACCCGCAACAAUGUCAAUGAGAAUCCUCUUCAAGGUCGGAGUUCUGGAAGCUGCCUUAUCGUUUUUGACGAAGCUGACGCCUUACAUCGUGGCCAAAAUGACCAAGGAACUGAAGGCAUCGAAAAAACACCUCGAAGAAGGCAGACAAGCCCGUGUCGCGCCGCCAGCUUACCCAAAUCUCUGUGCUGACCCCGGACCUUGCGUAGACAACGUGUUGCAAUUGAUCAAUGAACUCGUGGGCUACGAUUUUAUGCUUGAAAAUACGACCACUGCUGGUGCAGCUUCUUCACGAGUCGUGGAUCAAAACAUCACAACAUCUUCUGUUCAGUUCACGAGGAACAUGGUUGCCAGCGUGAUGCAACAAUUAGGACAACAUUCGCAAGCAGCUCUGGACGACAGGACCACUCCAGCUUGGCUGAAGCUCGAAACAGCGAGACUCGACUUCGUAGGUCAAGUUUCGACGAUUUACCCUCUCCGCCCGCAAGUCGUGGUGCCCGUUUUGGAUUAUUUGUUCCAGAAAAUCGAGUUCCAGCCUCCUAGACCUGUGCUUUCUCCACAAAACAUGCAAGAACUUGUUCAUCUAGGUGCAAACAACAUAAUUGCUGGGAGCGCAGUCGCACAGCAGCACGGUCAAGCAGCAAUUGAACGUGCUCUCGACAAGGUGCAGGAACUUACCCGACAAGAAGUUCAGCGAAAAGCCCUAGCAUGCCUGACUACGAUGUGUAAGAACGGACAGAAAGCAGUCUUAGUCCACCUGGACGCGCUGAUUCAAAAAGCUGAACGCGUCCAUGGCUCACUGAGCAAGAACAAUCAACAACUGUUGAUGCAGUCCUUGGUGGCAGCGGCUAGCAGUGACUUCGCGAAGCAGAAGCAAAUCGUGGCAUUAGCGUCGGCGGAGAAGGUACAAGACUGGACGAGUGGUCAGUGCGCGCUAUUGUGCAGGAAUGAAGGAGAUAGCUUGCGACACGCGUUUAGACCGCAGCGGUCGGAGAUUGCGUCAGAGAAAAGCAAGUAUUUCGCAGAGGUAAAAGCUUUGUCCGGUGCAUUGCAGACGUUCAUGAUGAUCUUGAAACACACUAGUGUCACCGGGAUUUCCCCGUACAUACUAAGAGAUUUGCCGGGAGACCACGACGCAAGUAAUCACUCGACCGGAUCAGAACAAGGAACUGGUCCUUCGAAUAGUACCUCAAGUACUACAACCGGAGCCUCUUCUUGGGCGGGCACAGGUGACGCGAUAGUAGAGCGCGCAAACCCGGCAGCGGACUUAGUACGGCAGGUGACACCGAACUUACUGGUGUUGAUGAGGACGUUCUGUCGAAACUUUCCAAGUGACUGGUUAUCAUCCGAGACUGCUUUUGUGGAAGAUGGGGAAUGGAUUAUGAUUAUGGGCAAUGCAAAAGCACAGGAAAGCGAAGGUGCUGCUGGAGGUGCUGGCAGUACAAGUGGAAGUGGGCAGGGUGUUGGUGAACAAGUAUCAUCUUCAUCAAGCACGACAGCUAGUAUGGCUACUUCUGGUGUGCAAGCAGGUUCUCAAGGUGCUGGAAGUGCAAAUUCCUCUCCGGCUGGGAGCAACACAACCGGUAGUGCUUCUUUCGGUCCUGACACGACAGCAAGAAUUUGUUUCGCCGCUAGUAAUCGCGAUGAUUAUGACCGUGAAGCUGGAGCUUGGAUUUUUAACCUUAGAUUCGCCGCUUUACGCACCUUAGCAGCGUGCGCAGAAACAGCGGACGGCUUCUGGCAGCUACCUGGGAUUUUGCCAGAACUGUCUUCCUUCAUCAACGACACGUUUCCAACGAUGUCACCGCAUGAGAUGGAACUAUUCUACAAGCAUGUUUUUCCAGCAAUUUUUGGGACGGCAGAGAACGCAAUCAGUGGCAAAAACAAGUUGUUAUCGAAUGCAACUGCAGAAGCGAUUUGUAGUUCUGACCUGCUGCCCACUUUGGUGCAGCAAACAGUUGCUUGUUUCGCAAAAUACGAGCAUUUAUUGGUUGUGAAACAAGACGCAACGACUUCUGCUCUUGUCGGAACCGGAACCGGUGGCCCAGCUAGAACCACAUCUUCGAGUUUUUUCGUCCGAACAGGCUUACUGGCGAAGUACCCAAUGUUCGACAACGUUGCGGUGACCUCAGUCCUUUCUCUAGCUCGUGUGGUUGCCUCUAGUUGGACGCGACUCGUCGUUUGCGGCUUUGGCGGCGCCCACAGUACUGUUUUAAUCGACUACUCCGGCAAGGUAGAAGCUAGACCGUUUUCUUGGGUAGACUUCUUGUUCUCGAGCGUGGAUGGCAGAACGACUAGGAGUAGUCAACAGCUUUUAGAAGGUAUUUUAUACCUCCUGAAGAAAGUGCCAGACCCCGAAGCACAACAACGGUUUUGUUCGGCUUUGAGGAUCUAUAUGGUGCAAUUGUGGUGUACGGGGUGUCUGCAUGCACCUUUACGGUUGAAAGAACUACAACUCCAGGCUGCAAAUGGAAAUCUAGUAGUGCAGAAUGGGGAUUUGGCAAACGGUUUGCCGCAUCAAAAUGGGAAGUCAUCUUUGGGCACAUUGCUGGGCACCGGAAAUGCCUCGAGAACAACCGCGCUCUGUCAACAGCAAGUUUAUUCCGGCGGCAAUGCGGAGAAUCUGUUGUCUUUAGCCGAACUGGUUCCGCAUUGUGAAGCUCUGUUUCACGAGAGCGCGGGGAAAGUGUUGACAACGAUUUUGGAGGUCAUAGCAGAACCCAUCCCAAAACUCUCUACUCCUCUGAAAAUCGCCAUUGAGAAACGCUUCGCCGGCUACAGAUCGGAACAGCAGUUGAGCGGGAAGUUACAACCGCCACCUUUUCUAGCAGCAAUGGCGCAUUUGCUUUUCACCACACUACAAGCUGCAGCUCAGGUGUAUCUGUUGGAGGUGAAGAGCACUAGUUCCACGACCGUGGCGUGUGCCACAGCAUCAUAUGAGAACUUCGCAGAGAACUUGUCGAACCAUCCAGGUUUCACUCAGUCCCCCUUGAGAACAGCAGCACAGAUUCUCAGUACAGCACUGCCUGGAGGCGGCACAGAUGCGCUGGGGAUGUUGCAGGCUGUAUUGGGAUCUCAAGUGAGGAAAGAAAUGGCUGAAGCAGCUGGACUAGAUGCCGCAAAUAAGGCGUCGAGUUGUCCUGGGACCCUAGCUCAAUUCGAACUAGACCUGGCGGAGGCGAGAAAAGGACUGGUGCGUGAACAGCUGUCUGUAAUAUCACCGAAAUUUGAGAGCGUGUAAAAGUGUCAUACGGCGACCAGCACUCUGUCGACCACGCACUGUUCAUUCGUACAGCUGAAGGCUCCCUUCAUGCAAUUCUCGUCAUUAUUGAGUACAUUUAAACACUUAAUGACAUUGACACCAGCAUGUUUGAUUCGUGUUGUAAAGUCAGGGACGCCAGCACGCAGGUACAUCUGAUGAUAUGAUUCCCUUUAGAACUAAUUCAAUAUGAAUCCCCUUUGAAAUGAGCUAUUUUUUCCAAAGACUUUGAACACAAACUAGCGCAUUGAAGUCUGUCACAUACCAAAACUAACGCAUUGGAGUCGUAUACCGCCGGUCGACUUUCCACCACUUUUCCGUUUGGCUAGAAGGCCUAAAAU